CUCGUGGCCUCUGCGGCGCCCGAGCCCGCGAUGUCGGGCCCCAAUAUGGGAAUGCCGGUGGUACCGAGCAGGGAAGACGAGGAUGACAGCUUUGGGGAAGCAGAAUACGCUGCCAUCAACUCCAUGUUGGACCAGAUCAACUCCUGCCUGGACCACCUGGAAGAGCAGAACGACCACCUCCAGGCCCGCCUCCAGGAGCUGCUGGAGUCCAACCGGCAGACGCGCCUGGAGCUCCAGCAGCAGCUGGGGGAGGACCCCGACGACGAAGACGACUACGACUACGACUACGAUGCCAGCACUUAGGCUCCAGGAGCCUCCAGGCAGCCCUCACCCUGCCUCCAGG